AUGGACUUGCGUUUGAUCUUCUUGGAGCUGGAAAUAAAAAUGUUCUCAUCUUUGAGAAUUUCUGGAACUAUACUUGCAACUGUGUCCAUUGUUUUUCUUUCCAACUUGCUCGCAGAGGCCCAAGAUGUACGCUUUCCAAGCUUUCCAAAACGUUCAUCAUUUCCAUCAGACUUUUUUUUUGGCGCUGGAUCUUCUGCCCUCCAAAUUGAAGGAGCAGCUCAUGAAGGAGGAAGAGGGCCAAAUGUGUUUCUGGAUGUUGAUAAGUUUUCUACACAGAUCGAACAUUAUAAGCGAUACAAGGAGGACGUGCAACAUUUGAAAAAACUAGGAAUAAAUUCCUACAGAAUGUCCAUUUCAUGGAGUAGGAUUAUGCCAGAUGGAACUUUGAAAGGAGGAAUAAACCAAGAAGGUGUUGACUUCUACAACCAUUUGAUUGAUGAAUUACUUGCAAAUGGUAUUACACCUUUCGUUACUAUCCUACACUUUGACUUUCCACUAGCCCUUCAACAAAAUCUCGGUGGCUUCUUGAAUCACUCUAUUGUGAAACAUUACAAGGAUUAUAGUGAACUCCUUUUCAAAACAUAUGGAGAUCGAGUUAAACAUUGGUCAACAAUCAAUGAGGUUGAAGUUACAGCUUUAUUUAAUUACAUGCACAGCUUUGAUAAGGUCCCUGCAGAACCAUGCCAAAUUACCAGAGAGUGCAAACAAGCAUAUGUUGUACUUCAUAACUACCUCCUUGCCCAUGCUGCAGCAACACAUUUGUACAAAAAGAAAUUUCAAGCCGCACAAAGAGGAGAAAUUGGACUUGUACUUUCAUCUCAAAGUUUUGUUCCCUAUAGUUCAAAACCAGAAGAUGUGGCUGCUUCUAAAAGAUCUAUGGAUUUCUAUUUGGGAUGGGUUGUAGAACCUGUGGUCAGAGGGCAUUACCCAAAAAUAAUGAGAAAGUUAGUAGGGGACCGACUACCUCGUUUCACUAAAAAGCAGAGAAAAAUGAUUAAAGGAAGCGCAGAUUUUAUUGGAAUAAAUUAUUAUGCUUCUCAUUUUUCUAAAUACGAACCGAACAAAACAAACAUUAACCUUGCAGACAAUUAUGACUCCUUAGCAUCGUCACAAGAAUUCAAUGCAGAAGGAAAAACACUUGGUUACUUGGAUAAAUUUGGAGGAGCCUAUGUCUAUCCUGAAGGAUUAUACGAUGUCUUGCUACACCUUAAAAGAAAGUAUAAAAAUCCCAAGAUCUACAUCACUGAAAAUGGUAUUGGUUCCAUGAACCUCACAAAUCCAUUGAUAGACAAUCACCGGAUUCAAUACAUUGCAGCACAUUUAAACUAUAUCAAAGCAGCAAUUGACAAAGGCGUGAAUGUUAAUGGCUACUUCAUUUGGGCGGCAUUUGAUACCUUCGAAUUUCAAGCAGGAUAUUUAAAAAGAUGGGGUCUUUAUCAUAUUGAUUUUAAAGGCAAUCUCAAGCGUCAGCCAACAGCCGCUGCUGAGUGGUACAAAAACUUUUUACGAUCUUGA